AUGAGUCUGGGCUGUGAGAGAGCAGAGGUUUGCCCAGCCUGCUUCUGGUUGUCUCUUGGCCAGGGAGAUGCAGAGAGCAACACUGCUGCUGGAAGGAAAGGCCGCCCUGGAGGGGAAGGCUACGGCCCCCUCUGCUGCUCACGCCGUGGGGCUUGCCUCUCGCUCUUCCUGCUGUUUCUGCUGGCCACACUUGCUGCCUUGCUCGUCGUGGCCACCGUCCUUGGACGUCCAUCCCGCACACCAGAGACUCAGUCCUGUGUGACACUGAGCAACAGGACAGGCUUCUUGUGUCAUGAUCGAAGGCACUGCAUCCCAGCCCAUGGAGUGUGUGAUGGUAUUCGCACCUGUCCUCACGGCGAAGAUGAGGAUGAAAGUUUGUGUGGAGAUGUGCCCCAGAGCCUCCCCAGCUUCCUCCUGGCCUACUGUGGAGACCCAGCCUCCUGGAUCUACUCAGACCAGAAAUGUGACGGCACCAACAACUGUGGAGACUGCUCGGAUGAACUGAGCCCAGUGACUGCAUGCCCACCUUGUGGCCCCGGGUGGUGGCGCUGCACCCCAACUGUCUUCACCUACUGUGGCUGCAUUCCAAGGGCUCUGUGCCGGGACCGUGUGCAGCACUGCUCUGACUGGUCAGAUGAGUACUCCUGCCCUGGACCUGAAUGUCUCAGCCUCUUCUUGAGCACUCCCAAUGACAAGGAGCUCGCCGCCAUGUUAGGCAGCUUCUAA